GAUAAACGACCAUGCUGCUGAUUAGAUGGGACGCAGACAUCAAAUAUGGCCACCGCAGUGCGGUCAAUAGUCCUACUACUGCUGUGCCAGGUUUGUUUGAGUGUUGGAAAACCUUACAGACAAACAUCAGGGGGCAUCGCACUCACUUUAUCAUCAUCCGCCGACGGAAGUUACAGUCUUUCUAUCAACAAUGUUACUUUUCUUACAAGUCAAAGAUUUUUUGUCAUCUCGAAUGGAACUACUUACGAGAGAACAAACAUCACGCUUAAUUCGACUGAAAAAGGUUCCAACACGGAUGAACGUCUGGGGGCGUACACCUACACAAAAUUUACGUACAUCGUCCCUGCACAAGGAAACAUAGUGGAGGCGUGGAUCAAAGAUUAUUCACCUAAACCUUUCGUUACCUUUGAAUUGCUGUAUGUGGAUGGAAUGAACGGCACGCGCUCAACAGACUGUCCACCGGUAACCUAUCCUCCGACUGGGACUUUUCUCAGAUGCUUCAACCAAACAUCCGCCGGAUUUCCAAGUUUUCAAGUCCAGGCCGCCUCAAAGACUCUUGGUUAUCUCAAUUUGGGAGGGAAAAUGGUUGGGGACUACAAUAAGCAACUCGGCAUUUUUGGUGCUAACACUCCUAAGAUGACGGAUGGUAUGGCGGGUGGCCCUCUAGCAGUGUUUGAUACUGAUGGGAACACGAUACUAAUUUCUCCCUAUGAUAACUUCAUGGUCACUUCGAUGUGGCACGAUAAAGCACCGGGAGGGACUAUUAACUGGGGGAUAAUGGGAGGUGUAGAUUCCAUCCCUAAAACGUACUAUGUAAAAACUGUUGCUGUUGCCGCCUCUGGAAUUAACAAGGCAUUUCAGGAGUAUGGAAGUCUACUGAAAUUGCUGUACAAAACAGAGACAGAGCGACAACGGUUUCAGGCGAAAGAUGUGUCAUUGAAUUUUCUUGGCUAUUGGACAGACAAUGGUGCCUAUUACUACUACCACUCGGAAUCCACAGCAAACGGCUUGAACAAAACCCUCCAGGACACGCUCAUUGACGUCCAGAAGUACAGCGAGUCCGUCGGCCUGACUUAUGGGUACAUACAAAUUGAUUCUUGGUGGUACUACAAAGGUCUGCAUAAUGCUGUAAAGACCUGGGAAGCCAGACCAGACGUUUUUCCUGAUGGAAUCGGAUUUGUGAACAGGAAAACUGGUCUUCCAAUAGUUGCUCACAACAGAUAUUGGGGACCUGACGUAACCUAUGCCAAGGAAAAUGACGGGAAUUUCACUUUUGUUAUGGAGCCAUUUCUAUCUCUACCAGAUGAUCAAAGUUUCUGGCCAGCUUUGUUUAAAAAUUCAAAGAAGUGGGGUUUAGCAGUAUACGAACAAGACUGGUUAAACAUCCAAACUUUGGGCCUCGCAGCUCUUCAGACCGACCUCUUUCUGGGAGAGCGAUGGAUGACGGAAAUGGGAGGAGCAGCACAAGAACAAAAUAUCACUAUGCAGCUGUGCAUGUCCCUCCCUCGCCACGCUCUGCAGAGUGUACAUCUACCUGCCAUUACACAGGCAAGAGUUAGUGAGGAUUAUCACUUGGAUCCAGAGCAAUGGCGGAUUGGAAUAUCAUCUAUUUUGACUUCUGCUAUUGGUCUGACGCCAUACAAAGACACUUUCUGGUCUACACGUCGGCAAAAUGGCAACCCACUUUACCCUGAAGCUGUCACGGAGCCCUACCCUGUGUUAGAGGUGUUAGUAUCGACCCUUAGUGCUGGACCUGUAGGUCCAGGGGACAAGAUCAAUAGUUCAGAUGUCUAUUUCAUCAUGAAAUGUUGUGACGGAAACGGACGUCUGUUAAAACCUUCACUUCCUGCUACUGCCAUCGACAGACAAAUCAUCAAGGCUGCCAUUCCAUCCGCUGAUGGUCCUGUAGGGGAAGUGUGGACGUCUUAUACAACCAUCAUCUCUGAGCGUCCACGUGACUUUGGUAUUCUUAUGGCAGCCAAUCUGUCCUUUCCAUACACGGUCAAGUUCUCGGACACAGGGUUUCCAGAUAGUCUGAAGCAAUCUCUUGCCUUCCCUUUCGGUUUACCGGAUAUGUGGCAGCCAUUUGAUGAUGAUCAUCCAUUAGUCCUCGACAACUGCACGCGUGAGGACUUCUGCUUGUACUUGUUCAGUGCCAGAGAACCUGGUUUGAAUGGAACAGAUAUAGUUAUAUUUGGAGAAAUUUCUAAAUGGGUACCCAUGUCCCCUGAGAGAGUUACUAACAUUGUACAUGCCGAAAUAAACAUGCGAGUGGGUAUCAGGGGCAAACCUGGAGAAGAUGUUACCAUGGCAUUCUUGAUAAACAAUUCUACGCGCCAGUCUAAAUGUCGUAUAGGUUCAUCGGGUACCGCCAUGUUGGAUGCCAUGUACGGAUGCUUUCCAAGUCCAUCACCGUCAUACAGACCGACAUCAGAUCUGAAAACGCAGAAUUAUUACUCUUCAGCUAUCGAUAUUCAUAAACAAGGAAUACUACUGUGUAUGAUAAUCACAUUGUGGAGUUUAGUGAUUGUGUAGACAAUAUAUGCAUAGUCUUAGUGUGAUUUAUGUAAGACGUUUAAAAUACACGAGGACAUGAACUGCGACUCUUCACACCGUCAUACUUUUCAAGAAGUAUGCUAGUGUGAAACAUUGCUGUUUAUACCCAUAUGUAAUACCAAAAACGAAAUUUACUUUCUAUAAUUACAUUUCACUUUCAUUUCUGUCGGAAUUCCCAGUCAUUAAAAUAUUCGUACUAUAUUCAUGACGUGUUUCAUACCGAUUGUUAGGCCGUUCUUGGCACAGUGGUUUUGACUGCGGAUAACUCCGUUUACCUGAACAGGAUAUAGGGCUCACGGCGGGUGUGACCGGUCGACAGGGGAUGCUUGCUCCUCCUAGGCACCUGGUACCACCUCUGGCAUGUCCAGGGGUGCGUGUUUGCCCGGCUGUCUGUUUUGUAUUGCUUGUAGGAGUUAUGAGAUUGAUCACUGUUCGUUGUCUUCACCUUUCAUUCAUCAAAAUUCAUACGCAUAUUGUCCACAUUCAUGAGGAAAUGACUGUCAUUUCAAUUCGACAAAGGUAAAAACAUUGGAAAUGUGAAUAUACUAGUGUGAAACUUCUGUAUUUGUUUGAUCCAAUAUUGAAGUACAUGUAAGGAUGAGAAUUGGGCAGCGUACACAGGUUUCUCUUCUAUGAAUAAGAUGGUAUCACAGUGUCCAUGAUUUCCUGUUUUAAAUGAAAUUGAUUUCGUGAUACUUUGUUUGUGUGGACCUUUAUCCCAUUUCAUGAAUAAACUAACACAACCAAGAGACGUUACUGAUAUUGUUGCAGCAUGUUUUCUACUAUUAUUGAAUUAUUUGCAUAUAUAUUAAAUGAAUAACUUAAAUUGA